AUGGAUCCUAGGAAUCCAUAUACUCAGUCUUCUUACUUAGGCCAUCUUAACAAUAUCCAUGAAAACUUAUCUUAUGAUAGUUUUCCCUCUACUGUUAACUUUGGAGCAUCAGAGAUCCCUCUUUUCAGUUCUCAACAAUCUGAUGCUCCAUCUCCACCCGAAGUAACAGCCGCGGAGCGUAGUCAGAGGACGAAAUGGACUCCAGCCGAUGAUGAGGUUCUCAUCAGUGCGUGGCUUAACACGUCGAAGGAUCCUAUUGUAGGAAAUUCACAAAAGGGAGGCACCUUCUGGGACCGAGUAGGAGCAUACUAUUCAGGAAGUCCUCAUGCUAUAGAAAAUGGUGAUCAGAGAAAUCAUCGUCACUGUAAGCAAAGGUGGCACAGAAUUAAUGAUCAUGUUAACAAGUUCUGUGCCGCAUAUUCUGCAGCAGAGAGACAACUUGCCAGUGGUGAGUCUGACACUGAUGUUCUAAAGAAAGCUCACCAUAUCUUCUUCACUGAUCAGGGGACCAGGUUUAACCUUGAGCACGCGUGGUGUCUCUUGAGGUAUGAACAGAAAUGGGCUUGUCUUAACCCUCCGAAGUCUAGUGGCGGUUCAAAGAGGAUAAUUGGCGAAACAAAUUCGCAAACUUCAAGCACCAAUGUGGAGCCCCGCCCUGAAGGUAUCAAAGCCGCUAAAGCUAGAAGGAACAGUACGCCUGGGAAGUCUGUAGCUGACUAUAAGGCCAUUUGGGAAAUGAAGCAGGAGGAUUUGUUGAAGAAGGAGAAACUGUCAAAGAUGGCUAUUCUCGACACUCUCAUUGCCAAGAAAGAACACUUAAGUGAGGCUGAAGAAGUUGUCAAGAACAAGCUACUGGCCGAGAUUUUCGGAAAUUAG